AUGGCCGCCCAAACCGAGCCCGAGAUUGUUUUGUACGACGUGGCCUGCAUCAAGAACAACUGCUUCUCUCCCACUGUCUGGCGCGUCCGCCUCAUACUUAACUAUAAGCAUAUCCCUUAUAGAACUAGCGCCGGUCUGAUCCCCGGCGAGUCCGCAUCCAAAUACAAAUACAAAUACCAAUACACGGUCCCCACCAUCCAGCACAUACCAACCAACACGUACGUGAUGAACUCAGCCCCCAUCGCGCAGUUCCUCGAAUCGACCUACUCAGAUCCCCCAGUCCCGCUAACCUCGGAGCUGGGCCGCGAGAUCGAAGCCAAAGCACGCGCUGCGGCGGGCCCGGCCUUCCGCAUGUCGGAGUACUUCCGGCGCACGUGCGAGGCUGAGCUCGGGCACCGGCUUGAGGACCUACUGGAUCCGGAGAAGGAGGAGCAGGCCUGGGAUGCGGUGGGCGAGGGCAUGCGCGCUGUCGGCGAGUUGAUGCGGACGCAUAAGGCUGAGGGGCCGUUUGUGCUGGGCGCCCGGCCGAGUGGUACUGACUUUUGGAUCGCGGCUUCACUCCAGUCGGCGAGGGUGGUGGAUGAGGGGGUGUUUCAGAGGAAUGUCAAGUUCCCUGGGUAUAAGGAGGUAUAUGAGGCUUACCUGCCUUACUUGGAGAAGAAGGAUUGAGUGGGGGGGAUUGCAGGGAAGGCUACCACUUAGGUCCUCUAUUGGGACCUGGGGAUUAUUCGCUGGAAUAAGGAGAUACUAUCGGUUUGCAGGCCGUAGCAUCUGAACAUUGGUACAUGAAAGCCCUGUUUGCUACCGGCAGUGAUUGCCGUAGGUGAUUGUCAUAAUCCAACAGAUACGAGUAAAGCUCGAGGCUGCUCAUGUUGACGAUUUGGGUGGAAAGGAGUAAGUUAGGUUUGCAGGUGGAGAGGCUUGCUUGGAAAGGGGAAUCUCAUCCCUACUCGGAGUUCUUCAUUCUCUUGUUACAAUAUCCCAUAUCUAGAUUUUCUAUGUCUCUUCCAACUACGAAUCUUUCUAUC